AUGGAAGACCAAGUAACGAGAUUGGCGGAGAAGGUUUGGGAAAGUUUCCAACAAACACCUCCUAAUAGUAGAUAUCUCAUCGCAGUUUCUGGGAUUCCGGGUUCAGGUAUUUACAUCCUUAUUGUUCUCUUCCCCCAUAUUCCUAUUCCCCAAUCUCUAACUAAAAGCGCUCUUAGGCAAACCACCCUCGCAGCAACUAUUACCAAACGUCUCAAUGCUCUCCAAGACGCCCACUCAAACAAAACUUCCCUUCCCCCAAUCGCCGGGUUCAUCCCCAUGGAUGGCUACCAUUUGACCCGCGCCCAACUAUCAGCCAUGCCUGACCCAGCACAUGCACACGCACGUCGAGGCGCAGAAUUUACAUUCGACGGCCCCGCAUUCCUCUCUCUCAUUCAGCGUCUUCGUGAACCACUUACUCCAUCUACCAUCACAAUCCACGCUCCAUCAUUCGAUCAUGCGCUCAAGGACCCCAAGGCUAAUGAUAUACCAAUUGAACCCACGACCCGGAUACUAGUUUUUGAGGGCAAUUAUUUAUCGUUGAAUAAGGAACCGUGGAGGAGCGCUGCAAAAUUGAUGGAUCAGCUUUGGUUUGUGGAUGUGGAUUUUGAGGUUGCGAAGAAGAGGUUGAUCCCGAGACAUGUAAAGGCAGGGAUUGCAGAAAAUGAGGAGGAUGCGGAGAAGAGGGUCGUGGAGAAUGAUUUGGUUAACGGGGAGGAUAUUGUUAAAGGGAGGAUGGAGGUUGACGAGAUUAUUGUUAGUACGAAUGAUGUUGCUUGGAAGUAG